UUCCCAUCUAAAUGUGCUGGACCUGAGUAACAAUGAUCUGCAGGAUUCAGGAAUGAAGCUGCUUUCUGAAGGGCUGAAGAGUCCAAACUCUAAACUGAAGAUAUUGAGAUUUACCUGUUGUAAUCUCACUGCUCAGUCUUGUGGGAGUUUGUCAUCAGCUCUACAAACCUCACAGUCUGUCCUGAGAGAGCUGGACCUGAGUAACAAUGACCUGCAGGAUUCAGGAGUGAAACUUCUUUCUGAUGGUCUAAAGAGUCCAAACUGUCAGCUGGAGAUACUUAGAUUUACAACCUGUAAUCUCACUGCUCAGUCUUGUGGGAGUUUGUCAUCAGCUCUACAAACCUCACACUCUGUCCUGAGAGAGCUGGACCUGAGUAACAAUGACCUGCAGGAUUCAGGAGUGAAACUUCUUUCUGAUGGACUGAAGACUCCAAACUGUCAGCUGGAGAUACUAAGAUUGUCUGGCUGUAUGGUGACAGGGGAGGGAUGUUGUUAUGUGUCCUCAGCUCUGACUUCAAACCCCAUAUGCUUGAGAGAGCUGGAUCUAAGCUAUAAUCACCUGGGAGAUUCAGGAGUCAAGCUGGAGGAAAAACUGGAGGACCCAAACUGCUCACUUUAUAAAUUCAAGUAUGUCAAGUAGGAAGAG